UUUCCUCUCCUCUUCUCUCACAUAAUCUGUUUUGGGUGUUUUUACGCCUCUUUUCCUCUUCUCAUCCACAUCAGCCUCUUCUUCCCCACAUAAACUCAAAAUCCCCACUUGUCUCCUGGUGGUAGGAGACUUGGGUUCUCCAGUGGAGACUCAAGUUCAAUCCCUACUUGUGUCACUUUUGGUGGAUUAAAGCAAUGAAGGAUUUAAGCUAGGCCUUGUACGAGGUUGUUAAUUCAAAUCCUGAGCCCACCCGGGUUUUCGUCCUACCGUGUGUUACGCCAGAGAGUUUUGCUCUUGUGGUGACACAACGGCUGUCAAGUGGCAGCUGAUAUUAUGGUUUCCCGGGGGAACGCCCAACCCAAACUCUGAAGCCAACGAGGGCCCGGUUAAAACAUUAUAGUCUGGUCAGAGUAAAGCAAAAGAGCUCUUCAAAUUGGAUAGUAUGGUGGCCUAACACAAGAAUGUCCUCGUUUAAGAAAAAAGAAUGUUGUUUGCAUUCUUCCCUUGUUGAAAACAAAUUUUAACAAAAUGCCAAGGACCAUUAUGACGUAUAAUCAAAACUUUGAGGGCUAUAACUUGACUAAAAAAAACUUAUGGCAGUCUUUUAAUUGUCCAUGAUCUAACAGCUUUUGAAGAAGCUAGUUGACCACUUCGAAACAUGUAAGAUCAGUGAUACUUUGCUCAAAUUUCUUGACGAAAUCAACAAUUUUUCUUGAAACCCUUUUCAGUUUUGUUGAUUUCCCACCAAACCCUUCUUCCAGAUCAUCUAUUAUGGGCCAAUUCCGUUUCUUUUUGCUGCUAUUGAUAACCCUAAACCUCAUUUUUCCCCAAAUUACAGCUUCAUCUUUUGAUCAUCGGUACAGUGUAGGAGAUAAUGUACCUUUAUGCGCCAACAUUGUUGGCCCCUUGAACAAUCCCAGUGAAACGUAUCAAUAUUACGACUUGCCAUUCUGCCAUCCAGAUCAAGUGAUCCCAAAGAAGGAAACACUAGGGGAAGUUUUAAACGGAGAUAGGUUGACCAACACCUUAUACAACUUAAACUUCCGUGACGAUAAAGUUGACCAACUUCUUUGUUAUAAGAAGCUUAAACCAGACGAAAUAACAAAAUUUAUAGCCGCUAUCAAUGCUGAUUAUUACUUCCAGAUGUAUUAUGACGAUCUUCCACUUUGAGGAUUUAUCGGAAAAACCGAAGAUAACAACUGGGCAGGUGACGGGUCGGGGCCCGCGUAUUAUCUGUUCACACACGUCCAGUUUGAUGCGUUUUACAACAGCGACCAAGUUAUAGAAAUACGCGCGUUUAGUGACCCAAAUCAUGCUGUGGAUAUAACCGACAAAACUGAAAUCGAUGUAAAGUUUACGUAUUCGAUAAAUUGGAAUUCAACGACAAGUGAGUACAAGAACAGGAUGAACAAGUAUUCAAAAGCUUCAUUGUUGCCAACACAACGCCAAAUUCAUUGGUUUUCAUUCGUUAAUAGUGUGGUAAUCGUCGUGCUCCUGAUGGGGGUACUUAUAUUGCUGUUUAUGCGUCAUCUGAAGAAUGAUUUAAAAAAAUAUUCUAGCGGAGAUGAAGAACAAGAUAAAGAAGUCGGUUGGAAGUAUGUUCAUGGUGAUGUAUUUCGAUGUCCUUCACGAAUGGCAUUGUUUUGCGGUAUUUUGGGCACCGGGACACAGUUGUUGACCAUCAUUUGCUUGUUGUUCCUUUUGGCCUUUUUUGGGGUCCUAUAUCCCUACAGUCGCGGAACGCUCUCAACUUCUCUCGUGUUGUUUUCUAUUCUGACUGCCCCGAUAGCCGGAUACAACGCUUCUUCCUUUUUCGGCCAAUUUUUCGAGACCGGAUGGGAGAAAUGUGUUCUUUUAUCGGGAAUUCUCUACACCGGACCACUUUUUAUUACCAUGUUUCUUCUUAAUACGAUUUCCGUUUCAAUCGGGGCUACUACGGCACUUCCAUUCGGCACCAUAGUGGUGAUAAUUCUUGCAUACACUUUCAUCGCAAUUCCACUGCUUGCGUUUGGUGGGAUAAUGGGAUAUCGUUUUAGAUCCAAAUUUCAAGCACCUUCCGCUACAAAGAUAUCCCCGAGAGAGAUUCCUUCGUUGACUUGGUCAAGAAAGACUCCUGGUCAAAUGUUAAUCGCGGGUCUUUUACCGUUUAGUGCAAUUGUUCUUGAAUUGCAUAGUUUGUAUGCAACGGUUUGGAGCUAUAAAAUCUUGACUUUACCGAGUAUUUUGUUUAUGACUUUCGUUCUUCUUGUCGUACUUACCUCACUUUUGAGCGUUGGGUUGACUUACAUCCAGCUGGCGGUAGAAGAUCAUCAAUGGUGGUGGAGAUCAAUUUGGCGUGGGGGCUCGGUUGCCAUCCUUAUGUUCGGGUAUUGCAUCUACUACUAUUCAAGGUCAAACAUGAGCGGGUUCAUGCAGUCAACUUUCUUCUUUUGCUACAAUUUUCUGUUUUGCUAUGCGCUCUUCCUGAUGCUUGCUACAAUCAGUUUCCGUUCAUCGUGGUUAUUCGUUCAGCAUAUUUACAAUGCAGUGAAAAGCGAAUGAAUUUUCUUCGUUGCCCCUGUAUGCACCGCGUCAACUUGGUGGUUCUUUCUGAUUUCCCCGACAAAUUUUGUAAAGUGAUGCGACGUGAUUUGUAUUAUGCCCGUAGCCAUGGGUAUAUGCAUGCAACUUGAGAUAUUGUGAGCUAAGAUUUGGUUUGGUGUAUGAUGUCCUCAACCGAACCUUUAAAACCAUCAUCAAACCGCAAAACACACGACUGAUUUAUCAUUUGGUUCAGUAAUUACAGUUAUUUUAGUUAUAGUUUUGUUAUUUAAUUUUUGUAAUCAAUAAUUUGUCUAAUCAUCUAAUACGC